GCCGCGACGAAUAGCGAAUUAAAGAUCAAUGCGUGCGUGGGAAUACGUGUAUCCCUUCCACAUUCCUUCCGCGAGACUUCAAGUCAGCGGAAGACAAUAUUAUGUAUACAUAAAAACAUAAUGUGACAAUCAGUGAAAAGUAAAGGAAAAUUAUUCGAAGAAAUUUUUAUUAAAUUUAACCAAAGUUUUUAUGAAGAAAUGAAUUUAAUGUGCUUCUUAUGACAAUUUGUUAGUCAAGGUUAUGUGGUCAACAUGUAUUGUAUUCUGCCGUAGUAUGUGCUGAUUCAUACAUCAAUUCUCAUAAUUUAUUCUACGCUCUUUUAUGAACUUUCAAUGGCAGCGUAUAACAUGCCAGUUUAUAAGUAUAAAGCAUAUGUGCUAUAUUAUUGAUUUGAAUUUGAAGCCGAAGAGUUUUAAGGGAAAGCAGUCAAUUAAGAAUCAAAAUGGCAAACAGAUUCAGAAUUCUUAGGUUGCUUUUGUAUAAAAAUCUUAUAGUGCGAAUAAGACAUUGGAAAUUGGCAAUCUUUCUACAGUGUAUGGUACCAAUUGCCUUGUUUGUAUUAAUACAAGCUGUAAGAGACUUUAGUGUCCAGCCGCCACAUGUAAUUAAGGAAAGUACAUAUUAUCCAAUAGAAACCAAAGAAGAGCUAACAGAUUUAAACAGAGAUUUUACAUUUUUAUAUUAUGUACCUCAGAACGAGGACACAGAAAAAAUUGUGGAAAAUGCACGAAGAUGUUUGAAAUUAACAUUUGAAAGAGUUAGCGGAUUUGAAUCUGAAGAUAGUAUGAUAAAGGCUUACACAGUUUUACAAACUGAAUCACCAACUGCCAUGGUUUUAGGUCUUGUUUUUGAAGAAUAUAACACAAAUGAUAUAAGGUAUAAAAUUAGACAUGCAUUUAAAAUUCCAAAUAUGCUGUUCCAAAAUGCAUUAGAUCUAUCGUCGUAUAUUGUAUAUAUGAAUGCCAUACCAUUUGUACAAUUACAAAUGUGUGUUGACGAAUCUUUAAUAAAUCGCACAGCACAGCAUUCUAUGCUUGAUACAGAGGUGUCAAUACAAAGAAUGCCUUACCCACCAUUUGUGAAAAUAGACGAGUCUGAUGUAAUACUAAGACUGACAAUGUGUAUGUUCGCAGUAAUUGCUUUUAUAAUUCCACUUUGUAUAGAAACGGGCUACGCAACAAAGGAAAAAUACAUUGGUAUAACUGUUUUGAUGGCAAUGAAUGGAGUAAAACACUAUCAGAAUUUAUUAAGUUGGUUAAUUACUGGCAUAUUAUUCAGUAUUUUUUAUAUUGUACCGAUACUUAUACUAUUUAAAAAUACUUUCUCUGGAAAUGUUGAUCCAUACUUGUAUUAUAGCAAUAUUUUUAUAUUUUGGCUAGUACUUACAACACAUGUUGCCCAUUUAAUAUUGUUCGGUAUGCAUAUUGCUGCAUAUUUUUCAAAACCACUUUUCGUGACAACAAUAUUAUCAGUUGUUUACUUUCUUUCUUUUUCACUUCAUGGAAAUCUAAUGAGACUCCAAAUUUUUUUUAUAAUACCAUAUUUAGGGAUAUUGUUUCCAAACAUAUUAUUGUAUAGACUUUUUGAAGAGGUAAACUCAUAUGAAUCCCAAUUAACCGGUAUACAAUGGUCAAACAUGUUUAUUACUGGAGAUGCACAAUAUAACACUACUGGAUGUGUUGGAUUUAUAUUUAUCUUUUCAAUUAUUGGCAUUCUACUACAUUUUUCUCUUGCAGUAUAUGUUAAUGCUGUACUCCCAGGAAAGUAUGGCGUACGAAAAAAUUUGUUUUAUUUUUUAAAGUAUAUUAGGAAAAAUAAGGUGAAUCUUGAUGAAGAUAUGGAAGAUUUUGAUUACGAUGAAAUAGAUAAUGAUAAUUUUGAACCAGUCUCAAACGGUGCACUUACUCCUGGUAUACAGAUACACAAUCUUAAAAAAACAUAUACAACUGGUUGUAUACGAAAAUCAAGAGUUCAAGCUUUAAAAGGAAUUUCAAUGGAUUUUUAUAAAGGACAAAUAACGGCCUUAUUGGGUCAUAAUGGUGCUGGGAAAACUACACUCAUGUCCAUCAUAACAAGUGUCAUAAGUCCAACCGAAGGGAAAGUUAUUAUAAAUGGUAAAAAUAUUAAAAAACACUUGGAUUCCAUUCGAAAUGAUCUGGGAUUAUGCCCUCAGGAGAAUAUGAUUUUUCCAGAUUUGAAUGUAUCUGAGCAAUUAGAAUACUUUGGUCGUUUGAAAGGUGAAAAUAAAACUAAGAAAGAAAUCAAAGAGAAUGUUAAUGUUUUGCUUAACAAAUUAAAAUUAUUUGAUAAAAGGAAUGUACUUCCAGACACAUUGUCUGGAGGACAAAAGAGAAGAUUGUGUCUUGGGAUGGCUCUUAUUGGUGAUGCCAGUACUAUAAUCUUGGAUGAGCCAACAUCAGGAAUGGAUCCUGAAACUAGAAGAGACAUAUGGGACAUCAUACUAAAAGCAAGAGGAAAGAAAACAAUUUUGAUUAGUACACACAAUAUGGAGGAGGCUGACAUACUUGGAGAUAGAAUUGCUAUUAUUCAUGGUGGCAAAUUAAAAUGUUAUGGCACGUCAAUGUUUUUAAAAAAACAAUAUGGUUACGGCCAUAUAGAAGUUACAUUGUCAACUAAAUCCUGGUGUAAUUCAGACAAAGUCAUAAACAAGUUCGAUCCUAGAACGCAGCAAGUAAGCGUGGAUAGCGAGAAGAUUGUAUUAAGCGUACCAAAUUCUGAAACUUUACCUCAAUCUCUGGACAAAGUGGAAAGCCAGAAAAAGAAAUUGGGAAUUACAGGAAUCAGUGUUUCACUAAUUACCUUGGAAGAAGUGUUUUUAAAAGUUAUAAAAAAAGAAGACAAUGGAAAACACCUGAACGAAUUAUUUUCUCCAUUAUCGCAAAGAGUAGAAGGAUGGAGUUUAUGUAUGCAGUCAAUUUUGGCACUGUAUCAAAAGAAAUUUACCUAUACCAAGAAAAACUUAACUAAUACGUUGCUAACAAUAUUUUUACCAAUUGUAUCGGUCAUACUAAUGAGUUUAAGUCACGAUUCAUCUAAUGAUUCGACAAAUAUAUUUCCAUUAGAGCUUAGUAUGUACAAGCAUUCCAAAGCUCUAUAUUCAAGUGAUAAUAAAACUUUUGGUACGAACUUCAAAAAUCUAGUGGCGGAUUAUGGUGGCUCUGCCGAAGAAGUGCCACGAAAUAUCAGUGUUACACAUGCUUUAUUGGAUCGCUCUCUUCAGGAUAUUGCUACGUACCGUAAUAACUAUAUUGUCUCCGCAGAAUUCAAUAUAUCUGACGGAGUUUUGUACGCUAAUGGUUUUUAUUCUGGCAAUUCGAUCCACGGCGUACCAAUAAUUAUAAAUCUUUUAUCGAAUGUAUUGAUCAAAAGUAUUGCUGGUAACGAAUAUUCCAUUCAUGUUUCAAGUCAGCAGUUACCAAACAGUCUUUCUUCGAUGGCGUCAGAGAUGCCAGAAAUAGAUUCAUUGUCAAGAGUGUUGUUAUUCUGCUGCUUUUUCUUCCCCACUGUAGCACUGUUCAUUAUCCAUCCCUUUCAAGAAACAGAAACGAAAAUGAAACAGCUCCAAAGGAUGACAGGCGUUACAUCCAUAUUGUAUUGGUGCACUAUGUUCACAUUUGAUUUCAUAAUACUUACAAUAUCUGUACUUAGUGUCGUGCUUGGAUUCUACAUCAUGGAUGUUGUCAUGGAUAUUCGCUUGUACUACAAGAUAGAAAUAUUGACAAUGAUAUUAUUGUUGAUGCUCUUUGGUAUCAACUCUUUAUUGGUAACUUACAUCUUCAGCUUUGCGAAUAAAUCAAAAAAUUCUAUAGUAACUUUGUUAAGUCUUGUACCUGUUGGACUUGUUCUGCUGCAGUAUCUCUUACACGGGGUGAUUCACAGUUUUAAAAAUUUGAACGUUCUAUACAUAAUUCAAAAGAGAUUAUUCCGGUUGAUACCACACGUGAGCUUGUUCCACGGUCAAUUGUCGUUUUUUAACGUGGCUAUACAAAACGCAAGGUGUCGUCGAUUGCCAAAACGACUACUGGAUGUGGUUUGUCUUGGUUACAAGGAUGUUUGUUGCGGUUUGGAAUGCUCAGAUGGAACUUGUAAGAAGCAACUUCCUUAUUUUUCUCAAAGCGACAACGAUAUGAACUUGAUGGAAUGCAUUAUAUAUUUAUCUGUCACGCCAUUAGUGUAUUUCUUUCUACUUAUUAUUUUGGAAGAGAGAUUACUUGACAAAUUGUACAUUAAGAUGUUUGGUCAAAAUUUGAGGAAUGCGUGCGAUAUACAGGAUGAACAAGUACGGGCAGAGAAGAACGCCGUGGCAUCGGAAAUCAGGAAAUUGAACAACCGAAGUACUCUUAGCAGAAAAGAAAACAAAGACAAAGCGACUUCUGCCGUGGACAUAAAUUUCACAGAAAAUUCAGAUGACAAAAACGACACUCUGUUUUUGGUUUACGAAUUGAGCAAAUAUUACGGAAAAUUAAUGGCGGUGCAAGAAAUCAAUUUUCGAGUGAAGCAACGCGAAUGCUUUGGAUUGCUUGGUGUCAACGGCGCUGGGAAAAGUACUACUUUUAGAAUGUUGACUGGCGAAGAAAUACCGAACAGUGGCGCCAUGUAUUUGGGAAAAUCAAAUAUUAGCCUCGACAAGAGAAAUUAUCUUUCUCAAAUGGGAUACUGUCCACAAACUGACGCGAUGCUCAAUUCCUUGAAUUCAUUCGAUCACCUGCGAUUGUUCGCUUUACUGCGCGGCAUACCCAAAUCGAAGGUGGAUUUGGAGGUUAAUAAGUGGAUCAAUCGACUCAAUUUAAACGCUUGUAUGUCUCAACCAAGCGGUACUUACAGCGGAGGGAAUAAAAGACGCUUGAACAUCGCUAUGGCACUUAUUGGAAAUCCAACUCUUGUUCUGUUGGAUGAACCAACCACAGGCGUCGAUCCUGCGGCUAGGAGGUCUCUGUGGAACAUACUUCAGUCCUGUCAGGCAAUGGGACAAGCCAUUAUACUUACUUCCCAUAGUAUGGAAGAAUGCGAAGCUUUAUGCAACAGACUAGUCAUUAUGGUGAAAGGUCAAUUGGUAUGCAUCGGUGCCAGCCAAGAAUUGAAGCAACGAUUUGGCGCCGGUUACGAUAUAAUGAUUAAAUUGCAACCGAAUCGAUCGGACGACGAUACUAAGACCAUAAAGAGGAUCAUGGAAACUUCUCUAUCGUGCGAGAUCAGAGAUGAGAAUUUGGGAUUUCUUGCGUACCACGUAAACGAUACUGGAACAACGUGGGAGAAAAUGUAUAACACGAUGAACGAUCUGAAAGGUCGAUUCAGUUGCGUCGAGGAUUACGCCGUUUUGUCGGCAACGUUGGAGCAGCUAUUCAUUCAGUUUGCCAGGGGAAAUAAAUUAACGUAUCCCGAGGAGCCUGUAGUAGAUACAAUUGAUCCGUCAGCAGUUGUAUAAAUAAUAUUAUAACGAUGAACUUACCGCUGACGAUAUUACGAUGUUGCGCGCUAAGUUAUCCUUGCAGCGGUUUUCAAUGCAUCGAUUUACAGAAGUAUUAAAUUAAAUAUGCAUAAAUUCUAUUGUGCUGUAUAUUUAUGGAAUAUUUAUAUGUGAUAUUGUCACGACAAUUGUAUACAUUCUCAGCUUUAAAAUAUUCUAUAUUAUGUAUAAAUGUAAUAUAAUUUAUCUUUAAUAAUAUAUUGUGAACUAAGCUACAACUUAUGUUACAUCGUUGUCUAUAAAUAAAGUUUAGUUCUAGCUCGAUCGUUCCUAGAUAGACUCGGAGAACAACGAUGUUACGAUAAAAAAAAGCUUCGUCGUUCGAACAGUAUUUUGUUGUAUGUUUUCAAAUACUUUACAG